UAGUUUCUUGUUAGCUACGGAAGCGGAUUUCUUUUAGCUUUACCUCUAACUGCUAUGAGACAGAUAAGCGGUUCUUCCUAGAUUAUGCGUAUGUUCUCUUUAAUACGUGAAGAUUUGUUAUCUUCGAGGGCUGUAGGUUUCUCUUAUUGUUGCUGAAUGACGAGGAAAAAAGGACUAGAAAAAUGAAGAGAUCAAAUAGGAGGAAUUGAUUGGAGAGGGAGAGUUACAGUGGGAAGGAUGUAAGAAAAUAGAACUCAACCAAAAAAAUUUAGCUCUUCUACGAGGAGCUCUUCCUAGACCAGUCUGGCUUGUUCUACUUUCGUCUGGCCAGUAUAGUAAACAAAAAUACAAUGAUUUUGCGGGCAAUUCCAGGGUUGAGCGAGCUGGGGAAGGUGUUAUUAGGAACCGUAACUGAGCAAGUCAUGCUUCUUGAGAACAUAGGAACAUCAAUUCUUGUUUCUGAAAAUCAGCUUUCAGAACUUCAUAAAUUGAUGAUUGAGGCUGCCCAAGUACUUAAUGUAGAGGCUCCAGAUCUGUAUGUCCGUCAAAAUUCUGGGCCAAAUGCUUAUACUUUAGCCAUAAGUGGUAAAAAGCCGUUUGUUGUUGUUCAUACCGGCCUUGUGGAGCUUCUUACACGAAAAGAAUUGCAGGCUGUUUUGGCUCAUGAAUUGGGUCAUCUAAAAUGUGAUCAUGGUGUGUGGCUUACAUUUGCGAAUAUUCUUACCCUGGGAGCUUAUACUGUUCCUGGGCUUGGUGGAUUUUUAGCCCAGAACUUAGAAGAACAGUUAUUCCGUUGGCUUCGAGCAGCAGAGCUAACUUGUGAUCGUGCUGCCCUUCUCGUUGCGCAGGAUUCUCAAGUACAGAAUUUAUUUAACUCGAGACCUUAUAUUUCUUCUGACUCUCUCUCCCUCCCUUCCUUAUCUGUAGAUAAUUUUUUUAAAAAAAAUUCUUUUCUCAACUGUUUGAUUACUCGUUGGCUCCAACAAGAGGUGGUCAUCUCUGUUCUGAUGAAAUUAGCUGGGGGCUGUCCAUCUAUAGCGGAUCAACUGAAUGUGGAUGCAUUUUUGGAGCAGGCUCGCUCUUAUGACAAAGCUUCUUCAAGCCCUAUAGGAUGGUAUAUAAGAAAUGCUCAAACAAGACAACUCUCACAUCCUCUGCCUGUUUUACGAGCACGUGAGAUUGAUGACUGGUCAAAAACUCAAGAAUACAAAAAUAUUUUGAAACGUGGAACAAAGAUCAAUUUUGUUGAAACAACUUAGCUGCCUCGUAUACAGAAUCAGAAAUGUCGACAGUUUUAGUAACUUUUAUAUGGUCAUCAAAAUGUCAAUACAAUGGACAAUUUACAAAAAGCUCUCCACGUUUGACAAUUAUGUUCCGAACUUCCUAAAUAAAUGUUUCUUCCUAGAUAUCUGAGUCACAUGAACAGUAGAAUUCGGUCAUAUGGUUACAUGAAGCAGCAUUUUCAGAAUUUACAUUGAUGGCGCAGAAGUGAUAUGUAAUCUUCAUUGCUUCCAAUUUGGUGGCGAAUUAUACACAUUCUAAAUUUCAAGUUAUAACCAUCCCAAUGUACUGUAACAAUUACUAUAGCUCUAUUUUAUCUCCACAGAUAUAUGAAGUAUACUCCGUUUGAGAGAAAAUACAGUGUUUGCUGGUUUUUAUUCUGAAUUUUCCUUCAAGAAGGAAGGUACAACAAUAAUACAGGUUUCCUAACAUGUCAAAAUGUAGAAUUCCUGGACACUGUCCUCAGAGCAAACAGGUUUCCUAUAAGAAUCUGCUCGGAGUCUUAGUGCUGCUUGAACUCCAGAUGAAACUCCUGAUAUCAUCUCUACCGCAGCAUUGCCUUGUGGUACAAAGUAAGUGUUUUGAAUUUAUGUAUCUGACUUUCCCCAGUGUAGUCCACCAUAUAUUUGGUGAAGAGAAAGGAGUAGGAGCUGAAUCCAGUAGAACUCCUCCCUCAGCCUUCAAGAAAAUCCUCUCCGAAUUCGAAUCCUCCUCCAUUGACUACAAAGUUGCCUGCACCAAAUCAUGAGUACCAAAGGCCAAAUGGUUGGAGUGGUGUCAUUUGCUUGGCUUCCAAUUUCAAGGUUCACAGGCUCUCCAUCUCCCCAGCUGCCCAGACAAACGCCAUGGACCUCUCAGGACUCCUGCCAAUAAUGCUGGCUAAAGCUAACACCGCGUCAGUAUCUGGUGCUGAGAUUUACAAUGGAGCUGUAACCGAACAGUUGUGACUACUUGGUGUCACUUCAAAGCAGGUUCGACAUCAGAGGAGGAGCAGUAUUUCCGGCAGCCGCCUUGAUUGCUUCGAGGAAGAAGAAGGGAACCACAAUAAUGGCAAUGUCACAUGGGCAGAUGGGAAGACUUUGACUCGGAGUUUCCAAGACAAACAGCUAGGUGAAAAGGAGAAGUAGAAUGGUGUGAGCUGAGCCGUUGGAUGAAACAGUGGGCUUACAUCGAGGGUAUGUGGGAUUGAUCGGACGGUAGGCGUAGUUGGAUUGGGUUGAAGAGGAGCUGUCUAGAACUUGAACCUCAUCAUCUGGUCGUAGCAGGCAGAAACUGCAGAGGAUCACAUAUCCAUAUCCACUCCCAUCAAUCAACGUGUUUCUUACCUAAAAAUGGAAGUUUUUUUAUUAUUAUUUUUUUUAACUUUUACCUAUUUUAUAUAUGUGACGAUACCAAGAAAUGUAGAAUAUGUUAAUUAAGAACUAAGAUGAUCGUAUGAGAUAGACUUUAAUCUAAUGUAGAGACAAGACAAGGUCGAGUUGGAUGACUUGGCCUAGUGUAGAAGCAAAAUGUAGAAGAUUGAACAUGCACGCAUGAGUAGUGUGUGAUCGAACAACCUCACCUAAGGUCCGACGAACCUACAAAGAUGUGCAAAAAAAUGUAUAUGAGCUUCAGUUCUUUUUAA